CAACCCAAAGCAAGAAGAAGGCACGUCCUCCAGUUCCAUUCAGUCCCUCUUUCCCCUUCACGCCCGACGGCCAUUGCUUCCUUGUGCUCGCCUUGUCGUCGUUUAUCUCUCUUUGCUUUUCCCUCCUUCCGUUGGCCCUUCACCAUAGGCCCGGGUUGUCCUCUGCCUCUAUCUACUCCGCUGUUUAGCUCUGCUUAAUUGACUUCCAGCUCACCCCUUUAUCAUCAUGUCUUCUACCGAGACUGCCAACCUCAUUGGCAUUGCCAACCUCCCCAACCAGCGACACAAGAUUGUCGCUAAGCGGGGUGCGGCCUUCACUAUCAUGGUCGCUGGUGAAUCCGGCUUGGGAAAGACCACCUUCAUCAACACCCUGUUCUCUACUACCAUCAAGAACUACGCCGACCACAAGCGCCGUCAUCAGAAGCAGGUCGACCGGACGGUCGAAAUCGAGAUCACCAAGGCCGAGCUGGAGGAGAAGUUCUUCAAAGUCCGCCUGACCGUUAUUGAUACCCCCGGAUUCGGAGACUAUGUCAACAACCGUGACUCCUGGCAACCCAUUAUUGAGUUCCUCGACGACCAGCAUGAGUCGUACAUGUUACAAGAACAGCAGCCCCGCCGCACGGACAAGAUCGAUAUGCGUGUGCAUGCCUGCUUGUACUUCAUCAGACCCACCGGACACACCCUCAAGCCCCUCGAUAUUGAAGUCAUGAAGCGCCUGAGCUCCCGUGUCAACCUCAUCCCUGUCGUUGCCAAGGCUGAUACCCUCAGCCCUUCGGAUCUGGCCCGUUAUAAGCAGAAAAUCCGUGCUGUCAUCGAGGCCCAAGGCAUCAAGAUCUACACCCCUCCCGUUGAAGAGGAUGAUGAACACGCCGCCACUCACGCACGCAGUCUGAUGGCUGCCAUGCCUUUUGCUGUUAUCGGAUCCGAGAAGGACGUCAAGACCAGCGACAACCGGGUUGUCAAGGGUCGUCAAUACGCCUGGGGUGUUGCUGAAGUUGAGAACGAGGAUCACUGCGACUUCAAGAAGCUCCGCUCAAUUUUGAUCCGUACCCACAUGUUGGAUCUGAUCCACACUACCGAAGAGCAGCACUACGAGGCCUACCGGGCACAGCAGAUGGAGACCAGGAAAUUCGGCGAGGCCCGCCCCAGGAAGCUGGACAACCCCAAGUUCAAGGAAGAGGAAGAGAACCUGCGCAAGCGCUUCACCGAACAGGUCAAGGUCGAGGAACAGCGCUUCCGCCAGUGGGAACAGAAGCUCAUUGCAGAGAGAGACCGCCUCAACAAGGAUCUGGAGGCCACCCAUGCUGCAAUCAAAUCACUCGAGCAGGAAAUCGACUCGCUGCAGGGCUCUUCUACCCGCAGCCACGGACGUCGUUAAGAUGCCCGGGAACCACUGGGAUCGACCGCGGCUCCAUAACGGACUGUGGAAAAAGCAGAAGGAUUGUGCUUUCGUCUCGACUAAUAUCUUUACAUCUGACUACCCCUUUAACUUUUCUCGUUUCAUGUUCAUUUUCGGAUUUUGCGCGCUCAGGGGAACCAUGCGACCUGGGCAAUGACGCCCUGAGUCGCCUGAUGGUUUUGCUCUUCUGAUUUGCCUGCUGGUAACUAGCGAUGGUUUGACUACAUCUUCGAUAAUAACCCACUUGUACUCCGUAGCAUGUCAAUACAGAUUUAAUUUUGUGCC